AUGCAUGUUGCACGUGUGUGUGUGUUAUCACGUGUGUGUGUGUUCAGGGAAGAACUGGCAAAUCUGCAGCGUCAAGUAGAAAACCUCGGACGAAAUCUGCAGACACCGCACCCACCUAGCAAUUAUCAAGCACCUACCACGCACGCGCCCAUCACAAAUAGAAUAUCAAAUAGUUCAGCCGACGCCGGAUUUGGACAUACCGGAGGUGACUCCCCCAGAAACACCUCGCUCAGACAUCACGACAACAACACAGGAAACUCUGAUACACACCAAAACAGAGAUAUAAGUGUGAAAAAACAGAAAUCGGAUAGUCCUAAGGUCCAAAAUAAACUAAAAAAUACACCAGAGAUAGCACCAGUACAAGAAAAUAAAUUAACAAAACAGUCUUCAAAAGAAAUCAUAGAUAACAAUCAGUUAAAAACCCAAAAAGAUGUUGCAUUAGAAGAAAAUCCAAGAGAAAACGUAGAAAAUACUCUUAAAGAAGAGACUCAUACAGAAAUAAAACAAAAUGAAAGUCAGGAAGAAAAUAAAGUUGAGAAAGAAAACUCGCAAACAGAAAAUACAGUGGAAAAACGACCAGAAGAAUAUGAAAAUCAAAAUUAUACAGAACAAGGUUAUGAAAACUAUGAACAAAAUUACGAACAACAACAAUACAGUGAACAACCAACGUAUUCUGAACAAGAAUACGCUGAGAAUACUGAAUAUCCAGCCCAAGAAUACAAUGAACAACAACAAUAUACCGAGCAAUAUGAAAACUAUGAACAAUAUAUUGAUCCCAACACGCAGUAUGAAACACAACAAGAAUAUGAGAAUUACGCCACUGAUGGUAACUAUAGCAACCAAAACUAUGAGAAUCCUCAAGAAGAUUAUGCUCCAGAAUUUCCUAAUUCUGCAAAGGAAAUCACAGAAUCUGUAGAAAGCAAAACGCUUGACGAAAAAUUGACUAGCCAAAGUUAG